CUACCUUUUUUAUUCCAACACGUCAGGAGUGAGGAAGGUGCAUCUAACUGGGUACUUCAGGUGAAGGGAAAGAGUUUGAUUAUGAACUUGUCUCUUUUAGUAUAACAGGAUUCUGCAACUAGUCGUUGGCUAACUUCUUACCACGCAUGCGGUUGCCAGGCCUUUCAAUCCACGGCAAUGCAUUUGGCAUGACAGACACAGAAGAUAGCCAUGUUUUUGCUUUACUACUAUCAUCGCUCCAUAGUUUGUUGAGUGUCUGACAAACCAAAUCCCUAAAAAUCUUUCUUCUGCAAUCCCUACUGUAUUUAAGCCAGAUAACAUAACACAACACAUAGAAUAACUAAAACAUAAAGAUGACAGCCUUACAACAGGAGUUUUUUCUAACAGACUCUUCAAGCUUCCUAGCUGCUGCAGUUUCCCACGUCUACUUUCAUCUCCUAGUAACCACUAUUCUUCUCUUGGUUGUUUAUCUUUUCUACAUUAGAUCAAAAUGCAUUUACCUUAUUGAUUUCUCUUGCUAUCUACCACCUGAUAACCUGCGUGUCCCAACAUCCCAUUUCAUUGAACACUCUGAAAGAUGUCAGGUUCAUGAGAGGGAGGCAAUUGAUUUUCACACAAAAGUAGCUGAAAGAUCAGGUGUCGGGAAUGAGGCCUGUGCUCCUUUAUCUGUACAUCAGAUGCCUCCUGAUUCUUCUUUGAUACGAUGUCGAGAAGAAAUAGAAACUGUUCUCUUCACCGUCGUAGAAGACCUUCUCUCCAAACACAAGGUUAAUCCAAAAAGCAUUGACAUAAUUGUAUCCAACUGCAGUAUAUUCUGCCCCAUACCAUCCAUCCCAGCUAUGAUCAUAAAUAGAUUUGGUUUCAGAAGCAAUGUUAAGAGUGCCAACCUUAGUGGAAUGGGUUGCAGUGCCGGACUCUUGGCUGUAAGUUUAGCAAAAGACCUCCUAAGAGUCCAUAGCAAUUCAUUGGCUUUGGUUCUAAGCAUUGAAGCCGUAACUCCAAAUGGUUAUAGAGGAAAUGUCAAGUCCAUGCUUUUAGCCAAUGCCUUGUUUCGGAUGGGAGGUGUAGCCAUUUUGUUGUCCAACAAGAAGCGAGACAGACAGACAGCUAGAUACAAACUCAAACAUCUCUAUCGAACACACAUGGGUUCUAAUGAUCAAUCAUAUAUGUCAGUUUACCAAGAGAAUGACAAAUCUGGUCAUCUUGGGGUGUCCAUUUCGAGAUCACUUCUACAUGUGGCCGGAAAUGCGCUAAAGACAAACAUAACAGACUUGGCACCAGCUGUCUUGCCUUACUCGGAACAACUUCUGUACGGAUGGUCAGUUAUCCGCAAGAAGAUCUGGACAGUUAGUACCCAGAACGAAAUCCAUCUGCCCAAUUUCAAGAAGGCUUUUGACCAUUUUUGCAUACAUGCUGGAGGAAGGGCAGUAAUUGAUGCCAUUGAGGAAAAUCUUGGGCUGAACAAGGAAGAUGGAGAAGCCUCCAGAAUGACUUUGUAUAGAUUUGGUAACACAUCAUCUUCUUCUGUCUGGUACGAGUUAUGCUAUUUGGAGAGCAAAGGGAGGGUAAAAAAGGGGGACAGAAUCUGGCAAAUCUCUUUUGGCAGUGGCUUUAAAUGUAACAGUGCAGUUUGGGAAUGCAUCUCUCACCCUGACCCAAAUGUAAGAAAUGCAUGGUCGGACAGAAUUCAUUUGUAUCCUGUGGAGAUCCCAAUCAUCGCUGAUCACUGA